CACGAUUUAAGAAAUAAGACCUAGUACUCUUAAUUUUGACAAGUCACCUCAUCUUCUCCAGGGCUCUGGUAGCUCAGCGCCAGGCGCGCAUAUACACCCGACGUUACCAUGCCCAUGUCUUUGAUUUCACGCAUGCCGUUCUUUGCCAAUAUUUCUCCACAUGACCGUAAUCGCAGAGCGGAUUCUAACUUGAUUCUGGGAAAAAAUGGACAACCGUCAAUCGUGAUUUCAGGACUCUCCAGCAGGACCUGGAGAUCUUCGGCAACUGGCACAAUAUCCUCAUUGCUCAGCAGCGCGACAUCAAGUUCCUCGUUUUCAUCACAGACACUCGCCACCACUAGCACUCCCUCCAAUUCCUCAAGCAGCACCAGCACAUCCGCUCGUCCGACAGCACUCGUCUCUCCCGCUUCCAUGCAUACGUCCAAAACCGAGCUCUCCGCCCCGUUCUACGUUGCGAUCAUCCUGGGCACCGUCUGUGUCCUCGCUUGUUGCCUGGCAUUUUUGGCAUGGUGGAUGCGUUCGCGCCCAUCAGCGCGGAAAACGCGAGACGACGACGAACUUUGGACAGCGAGAGACGUACUCGAGGACGGCCCCGAGCCCAGCUUGCAGGUGCACACCCCACACGAGGAAUCUGAAUUUUACCUCCCUGCAUCUCUAGUCCGGAGAAAUACUGGCGAUCAUUUUUCCAACCCCAUAAACACACCGAUGGCUGCGAAUUUCUACAAAGCCUAUGAUCGGGCGCCAGGGUACAGUCCCUCAAAAACGGUGGUUGGUGACGUCUACCCGCCCAUGGAACAGCGACGACCUGCACUCGCGAAUCAUGCAAGCGCGUUCAGCGUACAGGAAAGCCCGCGCACGCUAGGUCGGCUGCAGGUAGCAAAUAUUGCCCCUGGCGACCUGACGUCUGGUGACGAGUCAAGCCACGGUGGCCCAACAUGUUACAGCACAAGGGUAGCCGAGUUGGGUCCACCGAGGAACGCUGUUCAGUAUCCCACGCAAGGUUUCCUGCCGCCGGAAGGAGAUGGUCUACCGCAAUUUCUCCCCUCGCCAGGCUAUACCCAGCGCACGCCUAGAGAGAGGUUACGAGCAGUGAUGGAGAACACACCAGGCAUCGGCCCUGGAGACUGGCACAACAUACCACUCCCUGAUGAGGUUGAACCUCGCGAUCCAAUAGUCAACGAACACCCGCCCCCGGAGGGUUGGGCCUCCGCCCUCAAGUCCAACUUCAUGACCGCCUUCGGCACUGUUACUGGCAACCGCACGCCACGCCCAUCCACAUAUAAAGAAAGCGACAUUCCGCCGGGGUCUGCAAAAAACCAUUGGCCACAACAAUUUCCAGAUCCCGAAUACGACGUACCUCUCGCUGCUCACGAUCCGCCGUCAUACUCUACAGAGCCCCAGCUGAACGACGACGUAAACGGACUGCACAUUCGUGGACUGAGUGGCUAUCCUCGAGACCGAGUUUCCUACCCCGACGUAUCGCAGUCGAAUCUGGCUCCCAGCGAUAGCCAGGUAACACUUCGCCCAGGUAUGACACCCGUGUGGACGCAAGAGUCCCACGUACCGCUGAAACACAACGCAGCUCUUAUCGGUGUAGCAAAGAAUGAGAGUCGUGCCUCGCACGCCAGCUCCAGCAGCGUUUACACCUCUGACGAACCUGAAGAACUACGGGUAUGGGUUUACACAGUCGCACCUGGCGCUUCCUUCCAAUAACGUUCCGAAAUUGCGCACGAACACAAUGCAUUCUGAACAAUCCAAAGUGUCGUCGCGGAAGAGGGGUGGGCAGCGGAGACGUUCAAGACCUAAACCAGUUCGGCAUGAAUCAUCGUCAGCGUCUUCGAUGAUAUCCUUUGGAUCAGACUUGUUACGUCCACCCCAGCAUGGUCACCUAUCCGGGAGAGAAAGUAUGGCAAGAAAAGCGCUGCUGGAAAGAAGGCGGAAGAUGACGAUGCACGAACCUUUGGAUGAAUAGCCCGAUACCU